AUGAGUAACACCAAGAAGAAAUCCAGCUCGAGUGAGAAGAAGGCUAGCCAGAAGCCCACCUCAUCCUCACAACCAGCCGCCAACCCCAAGCCGGCUGCCCCUCAGACACUACCUCCUGGCAUCAAAGAGAAGAUCGACAAGAAAUCGGGCGAGAAGAAGUCGACAGACAAGAAGUCAACCGACAAGAAAACCGCCGACAAGAAAACACCCGAGAAGAAGUCUGCCGACAAAAAGUCUACCGAUAAGAAGACAACCGACGUCAAGCCUUCUCCCGCCAAGGAGAAAGUCGAACCAACCGAGAAGAGCUCCAAGAAGGCCAAGACACCGACCAAGGAAGACAAACCCAAAUCCGACGCCGCCCCCGCCACCAGCUCUGCCAAGAAGCCCACUCCCAAGAAGGCUGAUUCGAAGCCAGCCUCCAAAUCGGCCAAGAAAGAUGGCCCCGCUGAGUCCAAGAAGGCUGCCCCUCCGCCACCCAAACCAAAAUCUGACUCGGAAUCCGAGGAUUCAAGCGAUGAGGAUGACUCGGAGCCUGCUAAAGGAGAGUCCAAAGCCUCUGCCGUCAAGCCCGUCAAACCUGCUGCCAAGGCUGCUAGCUCAUCGAGUGAGAGCGGAAGUGACUCUGAGAGCGACAGUGAGCCAGCCAAGAAGCCCGUUGCCGCACCCACCAAACCCGUUGUAAGCACUCCCGCCAAGGCUAAAGCUGCUGAGUCAUCAUCUGAGGAAUCCGAGGAAGAUUCCUCUUCUGAUGAAGAUCAGCCAGUCAGGCCCGCACCUGCCAAGGCUGCACCUGCCAAAGCCGCACCUGCCAAGGUACCAGUGGCGAAAGCCGCGGCCAAGCCACAGACUAACGGCAAAGCUGCAGCACCAGCUGCCUCUUCUGAUGACUCUUCAGACGAGGAAGAAAGCGCGGAGGCCACAGAGGAAUCCACAAGCUCAUCAGAAUCCGAUGAGGAUGAGGCUCCCACGCCCUCGACAACCGAGACCCUGCCCGCUUCCAAUGACAAGAAGCGUAAGAACGAAGGGCCCAACCCAUCCCCAAAGAAAGCUAAGGCCGCCGAAGAGGGGAUCAAGAACGUCUAUGUUGGUGGCUUGUCGUGGAAUGUGGACAGUGAAUGGCUCAAGAGCGAGUUUGAAUCUUGUGGGCCAAUCGUCGAUGCACGUGUCAUCACUGACCGAGACACUCAAAAGAGUAAAGGGUUUGGUUAUAUCGAUUUUGAGACUUGUGAAGGCGCUCAAAAAGCCAUCGAAACCAAGAACGGGACUGAGCUUGAUGGACGAACAUUGAAGGUCGACCUAUCAGCCCCAAGAGCCGAACGAGCUCCAGCAGAGAACAAGCGAGAUUUUUCAAAGGAAGAGCUAUCGGCAGAGUCAACGACUCUUUUUGUUGGUAACCUACCUUUCUCGGCCACCCAAGAUUCAGUCUGGGAGAUUUUUGCCGAGUAUGGGGAUGUCAACUCGGUCCGAUUACCGACGGAUCCCGAGACUCAACGGGUCAAAGGGUUCGGAUACGUCGAGUUUGCGACUUUAGAGUCGGCUAGGGCUGCCGUUGAGAAAGGACGCGGCGAAGGGGUUUACAUCGACAACCGACAAGCCCGGCUUGACUUCAGCCAACCGCGAUCCAACAAUGACCGCGGAGGGGGUGGUCGAGGUGGAGGCGGAGGGUUUGGUGGCCGGGGUGGCGGCCGAGGUUUCGGUGGCGGCCGAGGCGGAUUCGGCGGUGAUCGUGGGGGCCGAGGCGGGUUCGGUGGACGCGGUGGAGGCAGAGGAUUCGGUGACCGGGGUGGAGGCAGAGGUCGUGGUGGCGAUCGUGGUGGAAGGGGUCGUGGUGGCGGUGACUCCGGGUGGGGCGGCCGGGCUAAAGUUAAUGGGAGCGUGGUCGAAUCUGCUGGCGUCAAGAAAAAAUUUGAAUAA